UCAAAUCGAUGAUCUCUCAGAUGGCGCUGCUGGGGUGUUCUGCGCUUUUCCAUCCUCGCAACCUGGUAUCCCACUAGUCCAGCGUUCGGCACCAUGAAGUCGUUCACCAUUGCCGCCUUGGCAGCCCUAUGGGCCCAGGAGGCCGCCGCCCACGCGACCUUCCAGGACCUCUGGAUUGAUGGAGUCGACUACGGCUCGCAAUGUGUCCGCCUCCCGGCGUCCAACUCCCCCGUCACCAAUGUUGCGUCCGACGAUAUCCGAUGCAAUGUCGGCACCUCGAGGCCCACCGUCAAGUGCCCGGUCAAGGCCGGCUCCACGGUCACGAUCGAGAUGCACCAGCAACCUGGCGACCGGUCUUGCGCCAACGAGGCUAUCGGCGGCGACCACUACGGCCCCGUAAUGGUGUACAUGUCCAAGGUCGAUGACGCGGUGACAGCCGACGGUUCAUCGGGCUGGUUCAAGGUGUUCCAGGACAGCUGGGCCAAGAACCCGUCGGGUUCGACGGGCGACGACGACUACUGGGGCACCAAGGACCUCAACUCGUGCUGCGGCAAGAUGAACGUCAAGAUCCCCGAAGACAUCGAGCCGGGCGACUACCUGCUCCGCGCCGAGGUUAUCGCGCUGCACGUGGCCGCCAGCUCGGGCGGCGCGCAGUUCUACAUGUCCUGCUACCAGCUGACCGUGACGGGCUCCGGCAGCGCCACCCCCUCGACCGUGAAUUUCCCGGGCGCCUACUCGGCCAGCGACCCGGGCAUCCUGAUCAACAUCCACGCGCCCAUGUCGACCUACGUCGUCCCGGGCCCGACCGUGUACGCGGGCGGCUCGACCAAGUCGGCUGGCAGCUCCUGCUCCGGCUGCGAGGCGACCUGCACGGUUGGUUCCGGCCCCAGCGCGACACUGACGCAGCCCACCUCCACCGCGACCGCGACCUCCGCCCCUGGCGGCGGCGGCUCCGGCUGCACGGCGGCCAAGUACCAGCAGUGCGGCGGCACCGGCUACACUGGGUGCACCACCUGCGCUUCCGGGUCUACCUGCAGCGCCGUCUCGCCUCCGUACUACUCGCAGUGCCUCUAAGCCGGGAGCGCUUGCUCAGCGGGCUGCUGUGAAGGAGCUCCAUGUCCCCAUGCCGCC